AUGCUCAAACCACAGGCAACUGCUUCCCGAGAGCUCAUCUCGUUGGAUGGCAUCUGGAACUUUGCUCUUGGGUCUCUGGAUACCGAUUCAGAUGACAUCUGCACCCGGAUUAUUCGCCCUGAGCUGCAGGUACCCGUGCCAGCCAGUUACAAUGAUAUCUUCGUCGAUACGAAGAUUCGUGACCAUGUGGGCUGGGUGUACUACCAGCGUCUCGUGAGGGUGCCGCGAGGCUGGACGGGCGGGAAAUACUUUAUUCGCGUGGACUCAGCCACUCAUCAUGGCCGUGUCUUUGUAAAUUCCCAGUUUGUGACUGAGCAUAGUGGUGGCUACACCCCAUUUGAGGUGGACAUAAGCCAUCUUGUUGCUGCAGGGGAGGAGUUUCGCCUGACUAUUGCUGUCAGCAAUGUCCUUACCAACCAAACUAUUCCGCCAGGCAAAGUCGAGACACUAGCCAACGGAAAGCAAAAGCAGCAUUAUCAACAUGACUUCUACAAUUAUGCUGGUCUGGCGCGAUCGGUAUGGCUUUAUUCAGUCCCGAUGUUGCACAUUGAAGAUGUCACGGUCACCACCGAUGUCUCCCAAACAAAGGGUAUCGUCAAUUAUCAAAUCAUUGCCAGUGAAACUCUAUCCACAGAGCAGUUCCGCAUCUCCUUGAUUGAUGAGGAGGGACAAGUUGUAGCUCAGAGCAGUGGGCGACAAAACCGCCUUGAUGUUGAUUCUGCUCACCUGUGGCAGCCCGGUGCAGCGUACCUCUAUCAACUCCAGGUUGAGCUCCUGAACAGCGGUGACAACGAAGUGCUUGACGUCUACAGAGUGGCAACUGGGAUACGUUCCGUGAGGGUCUCUGGUAUGCAAUUUUUGAUCAACGACAAGCCAUUCUAUUUCACCGGCUUUGGAAAACAUGAAGACCUGGCUAUCCGUGGAAAGGGGCACGAUCCCGCCUAUAUGGUCCACGAUUUCCAACUUAUGAAAUGGCUCGGAGCCAACUCCUUCCGGACGUCACAUUAUCCCUAUGCGGAAGAAGUAUUGGAUUAUGCCGACAGACAUGGAAUCGUGGUGAUCGACGAAACAGCUGCGGUGGGACUGAACCUGGCUAUUGUCGCGGGUAUUCUCGGAAACAAAGCACCGCCUACAUUUUCACCGGACACUAUCAAUGAGCACACUCAGAAUGCCCAUAAACAGGCGCUACGUGAACUAAUCUCUCGCGAUAAGAAUCAUCCAUGUGUGGUACUCUGGAUGAUCGCGAAUGAACCAGCAUCUGGUGAAAUUGGGGCGGUAGAGUACUUCGAUCCUUUGGUCAAACUUACGCGGAAACUCGAUCCAAGCCGUCCGAUAUGUUUCGCUAAUAUGGCAUUCAACCCAGUGGACCGAGAUUUGAUUACCAAUAUGUUCGAUGUGAUCUGUCUCAAUCGUUACUUUGGUUGGUAUAAACACACUGGUGAUUUGGACUUGGCAGAAGAAGCAUUAUAUGAGGAGUUGUCCAGCUGGCAGCAUAAAUUUGGCAAACCCACAAUCAUCACGGAAUAUGGCGCCGACAGCUUAUCAGGCCUCCAUGCUGUCAAUGAGGUUCCGUGGAGCGAAGAGUAUCAAGCUCGCUUAUUGGAGAUGUAUCAUCGCGUUCAUGACCGUAUCGACGCUGUUGUUGGAGAACACGUCUGGAACUUUGCCGAUUUUCAGACAACUUCUCAGAUCUUCCGUGUGGAUGGGAAUAAGAAAGGUAUUUUUACCAGAGAUCGACGUCCAAAAGCUGCUGCUCGUGUAUUGCGAGAACGUUGGACCAAAUCAAAUUAG